UAGGAAAACACCCAGACAUCAAUCGGAAAAAUGACGUCGCGAGUCGUCACCAUCUUUUGAGGAUAAUCGCAUUUUAUUUUUUGUUUAGCAAAAGACGGUGGCGACGAAGCACUCCCAUAAUAAGCGUUUUGUUGACGAUACCGUUGUGUUGUUGUGUUUUCUUGGACAAUAAUAUACACAGAAAUGGGUGACGAAAUGGAUCCUUGCGAGUGCAUCUGGAACCACGAGUUGGCAAUGCGGCGACUGAUCUCUCUGCUUCGACAAGGACAAUCCUACUGCACGGACACAGAAUGCCUGGACGAGAUGAGCGGCUUGCCGGCGCCCGAGUCGGCCGGCAACAGCUUCAUGGUGAUGUUCGCGAUGAUGGCACUCGCCGUCGCCAUGUACAUGCUGCGCCCCAGGCGCCGCCAGUUGCCCGAAGCCAACAAACCUCCGCGCAACUCACAGGAUCACGACGGGGCUCCGCCGACGCCGCCAAGAAUUUAAUCGUGGACGGGACCCGGACAUCGACCUCUUUCAUAUAAAAUAUGAACCUAAAAGGUUUACCACAUAAAAGUCCUAUCUGCCAAUUGUUUUAUAUGAAACGGGUCCGAAAUAACCGACGACCAUGCCGCGAUCAUAGUAAAGGGCUAAGGUCCGAGCGUUUUGACUGUCUUUUAUUUCAUCACCGUCAAAAUAUUGGCGUAACUUAGCGCUAGGGAAUUCAGACUAUCUUGAUAUGGCUCUUAUAAAGAGUAGGUAACACCAAACAUUAGUUACUUGACCAAUAAUGAAGCAGCAAAAUCGCCGAAUAUUGACCCUAACUGAUCCGCUAUGUAUAAAAUAUAUAUUCAUAUAAGACCUCGAAGUGAAAGGUCGAUAUUCCCUUUAAAAAUAAAUAGAUCUAAUUUUCUUAAUUAAAUGUUUAACCGGCCUGACUAAAUGUUUAUUACAUUCAACAGUUUCAUUCCAUUAUAGAUUGUAUUUACGUUAGACUUCAUGAUUUCCUGACAUUUUUAGUUGAAUAUAGCAAAAUCUCGAAUAUUGUAAUCUGUCUCUAAAAGAAUAUGUUCAUUAUUUGUGAUGAGUUCUAAUAAUAAAUUUGGCAGUUGUUUUAUUCGAUCUUAUAAACUAAAAUUACUAAAACAUUAAAAAAGUGUAGUCGCCUUAAUUUUGAAGGCAAAGUUACAUCAAGUUAUUUACCGUUAACAACAGAGUUGUGAUACACAGUCUCAAAACAAGUGCGAUGUUGUGUUUACGAGGAAUUUCAGGGAAUCUUGCCAAUUUCAGGUGCUCCAUUCUUCUUAAAACCACCAGAAGUGUUGAAAUACCUUAUCAAGUUGUCAAUAAAUAGCUAAAUUGUCGUGUAAGUCUGAAACGACUUGGAAUUUUAAACUCUAAAGUAAUAUAUGAAGGUGUAUUUUUUACAUGCACUCGUCAUGUUUAAAAGGUUUCCGUCUCCUUGCAAUGAUAAGUGCAAUUUGUACCUAUGUAUGGAAAAAUAGGUAAAUGCUGAAAUCGCUACGAGAAUCAGCACCUUUUUACAAUGUUUUUCGCAAGAAAACACGAAGCGCGCCAAUGAGCGUGCUCGACGUUGUAUAUUUUAUUUAGGUCUGACUUUUAUGUAGAAUAUAAGACGAAAAAUACCUAUAUUAUAUGUUUAAAAAGUUUUAAGUAACCAUAUCUGUAUUCAGAUAAUAUUUAAUCUAUUUUAGUUAGAUUUAUUGCACUAUUUUAUUUUAAAUUAUGCAAAUAAUGCUUAGUUAUAUUGGGUGGGUUUCGUUUCUUUAACACUAUUGCUAAUAAUGUCAAGACACCAAUGGAGAUUUUUAUUGAUAUUAUGAAAAAAUAAAUAAAACAACU